AUGAGCUUUUCCAACGAACCCUUCUUCCAACGUCUGGUUACAUUUGCCAAUGGUCCUCCUCGUGUUAUAAUCUGCGAUGAUAUCUCAGGUAUUAGAGUUACCUAUCGACAGCUGAUGUCGGGGGUGCUUCGAUUCCGGCAACUCCUUCAGCAGCGACUGCCUCAAACCACCCUGGAUAGCAACAAAAUGCUUCGUGAACCUAUCGGUAUAGGAAUCCUCUCGCCAGCCAGCGUAGAAUUUGUCGUUGCAUUCCUGGCAAUCCUGUCUCUCGGCGGCAUCAUUGUUCCGUUAUCCACAGCCGAGUCGGCCGAAGCAACCUGGGACCGCAUCGCAAAAUCCAACGCUGCAUGUGUUGUAUACAGCCCACAGCAAGCCGAACUCAUGUGGUUCAUUCGGCGCCGAGCCCUGCUCACCAACGACCAGGAUAUCCAGUCCAUUGCCAUCAGCGCUCACGCCGGUGACACCGCCACAAAUCUUCUAUUCACCACAGACCAUCCGACUCAUUUCCCAUCCACACGCACCGCACUUCUCCUCUUCACCUCUGGAACCAUGGGUCCGCCCAAAGGCGUCCUUCACUCGAGGCAAUUCUUCAACGCUGACGUCGAUCCCAUUGGCACCGAGGCCGACGUCCUCCUCUUCACCCGAGCAGCGGGCUAUAUUGGAUCCAUUCGUCUGAUGGUCAACAUGCUCCUGCGUGGCAUUCGAAUUGAGCUGUGGCCGUACUUGGUGGACGCGGACAUGAUUUGGGAGCGUCUGCGCCAGGGCGGAAUCACCGGACUUCAUUUGUUGCCAACUAUAUGGCGGAAGCUAAUGCUCGUGUACCGCGAUAAGUUGAGUAUGCUUCCCCCCAUAGAGCGGGAAGAGUACUGCGCCGGGGCGCGCCAGCUGCGCGAAGCGACCGCCGGAGGGCAGGUAAUGCUGCAGGAGGUCAAAAUGUUUUGGCAGGAUAUGCUAGGCGGGCGAUGCGUGACUGUUAUCUAUGGCGGGACGGAGAUGGGGAUUUCGCCGUUCAAAGCGUUGGGAGAGGAUUCUCUUAUGGAGGUGGGUAUCUUUUGUGUUUCUGCGAAUAGAAAUGUCCGUGAUGAGGCUGACACCCGAGGGGGUAUUUCCCCAGCCACACAGGUCGAGUCUUUGCACGAUCUGACUUGCGUCUACAGGUACCUGGAUAACCUCAAGGCCACAUGCAAUGCAUUUGAUGACGAGGGAUUCUUCCGCACUGGCGAUAUCGUCCGCUACAACGGCAGCGCGUAUGAGAUUGAAGGUCGGGUCGAAUGUGACUUCAUACCAACCUUCGGUGGUAGGGUAUCAGUGCCCAAGAUCAGUAAAGCUCUCCUUGAGCUUCCUCAGGUGGCAGAAGGGCACAUCUUCGCUGUUCCAGACCCCAAGUACGUCAAUCAUAUUGCGGCUCUGGCAGAAACUGUAGAUUUCCAAAAACGAGGUACGUUGAGCCUGGCGGCCCUACGACGGGACAUGGCUCAUUCACUCACUGAGCAUGAGCUUCCGACUCUUCUCCGACUUGUGGGAGACGGGGAGGAGAUUCCCCAGGGUGUAUCAGGGAAGCUCAUGUACCAGAAAGCUCGCGAGCAGUUUUUCCCACCGGAAUCGGUGGCUCUGCCUGAGGUGGAGGUUUGGGUGAUGGCGUGA